UCAGAUAUAGCCAGUGGGAUAUUAUAUACAUCUCAACCAAAAUUGUUAAUGGACCUUUAUGUACUGAUUUGUUCUGCAAAACGGAUUCUGACCAAAUUCUAUUGGAUUUAUUCAUCAUGAGGAACAUACAUCUUGGAAGAAAAUUGGCGCAUAGGGGGAUCCUUUUGCAUUUUGCUAUUCUAUUUUGCUUUUGGAAAGUAGUUUAUGCGCAACUACGCUAUUCUAUUCCAGAAGAAUUAAACCAUGGUGCUUUUGUUGGAAAUAUUGCCAAGGAUUUGGGGCUUGACAUUAGCAAACUAGCGGAUCGUAGAUUCCGUAUUAUUUCUGCAACAAAGCAGCAGCUAUUGCAGGUAAAUCAAAAGACUGGCGUUUUGUUUGUUAAUCAGAAUAUAGACAGGGAGAAGCUGUGUGACAGAAACAGUAACUGUUUCAUUAACCUUAAAACUGUUGUAGAGAAUCCGCUAGAAAUGCAUUAUGUUGAGCUUGAAAUUACAGAUAUCAAUGACAAUUCUCCGAGAUUCCCAGACAAAGAGAAGCGCUUGGAAAUUGCAGAGUCUACUCUGCCAGGGGCACGCUUCCCCUUAGAGGGUGCGCGUGACCCAGAUGUGGGUAUAAAUUCAUUGCGUUUUUAUCAGCUAAGUAAAAAUGAGUACUUUGAGCUGGACGUACAGGACCGUAGUGAGGAUAAUAAAAUUCCUAUUUUGAUAUUGCAAAAACCUCUAGAUAGAGAACGUAGCCCAGAACAUAAUCUGCUUCUGACAGCAUUUGAUGGUGGAAACCCACCUAGAUCCGAUUCAAUCAAUAUUACUGUAUCUGUUGUUGACAUCAACGAUAAUCCACCAGUGUUCGACCAACAAGUUUACAAAGUAACUUUACAGGAAAAUGUUCCAACAGACACCUUUGUAAUAAAAAUUAACGCUUCAGACCUGGACGACGGUCCUAAUGGCGAGGUAAUGUACGCUUUUGGUAGUAGCUUUAGGACUGAGGUCCGCGAGCUAUUUAGUUUAGAUGUUAACACUGGGGAAAUCAAGGUUAAAGGAAAGAUAGAUUUUGAAGAAAAACAGGUUUAUGAGAUUGACGUUGAAGCUUCUGAUAGAGGACAGGUUCCCAUGACUGUGCACUGUAGUGUUGUUGUACAGAUACAAGAUGUGAACGACAAUACACCGGAGAUAGAGGUAACCUCCUGGUCAAGCCUCAUUUCCGAGGACGCAAAUCCUGGGACAGUGAUAGCUCUGAUUAGCGUUACAGACCGUGAUGCUGGUGUUAAUGGGCAAUUCUCCUGUGAAGUAAACGAGAAUAUACCCUUUGAGUUAAAGUCAUCUUUCCGGGAGAAUUUGUAUUCCUUAGUAACGAAGGAGCAGUUAGAUCGCGAGUUUGCUUCUCAGUACAAUAUUACAAUAACAGCAAAAGACUUUGGCCGCCCUUCUUUGUCAGCUUAUAAAACUAUCACAGUGAAAGUAUCGGAUAUUAAUGAUAACAGCCCGAGCUUUACUCAAGAUCCAUAUACAUUUUACGUCCUUGAAAACAGUGCACCCGGAGCAUCUAUUUUUUCAGUCAGUGCGUUCGAUCUGGAUCAGAAUGAAAAUGCACGUGUAUCGUAUUAUGUCAAGGCAGGUGAGGUUUUGGGAAAGCCCGUGUCAUCUCUCCUUAGUAUUAAUUCAGAUAAUGGAAACGUCUAUGCGAUAAGAAGUUUUGAUUUUGAAGAACUUAAAAACUUUAAAUUCCAAGUGUUGGCAAAAGACUCUGGGGUGCCAUCACUCAGCAGCAACGUCACUGUAAAUGUUUUUAUUCUUGAUCAGAAUGACAAUGCGCCGGUGAUCUUGUCUCCAUUAAGUAAAGACGGUUCUGCUGAAGCCGUAGAGACAAUUCCACGAAAUGUGAAAGCAGGAUAUUUGGUAACAAAAGUCAGAGCUCACGACGCUGAUAUUGGAUACAAUGCCUGGUUGUCGUUUUCAUUGCAACAAGCUACCGACCCUACUCUUUUUGGUUUAGAGCGCAAUACAGGAGCAAUCAGGACACUUCGACCAUUAACUGAAACUGAUGCCUCUGAACACAAACUGAUCAUAGUGGUGAAAGACAAUGGAAACUAUUCCCUUUCUACCACAGCAACAAUACGCAUAACAACUGUUGAAAAUACGGAGGCAUUUGCAUUUUCUGACUUCAAAAGCAAUACCAAACAGCAAGAAGGAAAUAACUUAACUUUUUAUUUGAUAAUCACUUUGGGUUCAAUUUCAUCACUGUUUGUGGUGAGCAUAAUCACAGUGAUUUCUAUUCAGUGUCACAGACCAAGGGAUUAUAUAAGCACCAAGUAUUUCCGCGAUACAAACUACGCCGAGGUUAGUGGGAAUGGAUCAUUGUGCCAUAGUUAUCAGUACAGAGCUGCAGAGAAACAUUUUAUGUUUGUUGCACCUUCAGUGAAUAUCGGAUCUGCAUCAGGCGUAGGAAGUAACAGGAAUACUCUGGUUCUCUCUGAGAAUGGAAUGAAAGCUUCUGGAGAGGUAAGUGAUGUUGAGAUGCCGGCCUGUACAUGUUAA